AUGGAGGCUGAGAAAACCACGGACGUGUCAGAUAUUCAGAACGAGGUGAUCAAAUCAACGCCGCCCCUCAAAGUAGGGAAAGAGAGAGUGCUCGGUAAUUCUGGCCUCAAGAGGAAGCUCGGCCUCAAGGAAAAAAAGGACCAGAUCCGCCUAGGCCGAUUUUUCGAGCUUUGUCAGAACCGAUUUGGCGAACUUUUUCUCUAA